AUGCUUGCUACUCGAGCGCAAAGCUCUCGAGCUACAACUCCGUCCGGACCGAGGACAAAACCCUGGUCCUGUACAGUCUGUCAUGAAUUAGACAGAAGUAAGAUCAUUUAUUGGAAGGCUGGCCCCUCGAGGCACAAGAUGUUCAAACGUUACUAUCAAUAUAGUGAUUAUCAUAGCCUCCCGAUUCCCUUGAGAGACCUCAAGUUCUCUGCCAGUCGCGACUGCCCCUUUUGCGUCGUGGUCUUUGACAUCUUUCGCUGGCUUGCCCGCACAAAGGCUCAGGGGUUGAAUGCAACUUACCAAGCCAAGGUAGAAAUCUGCAUUCCCUUUGACGCCAAAUACCCUCUGGUCUUGACUUUUUCCUGGUUACCAGCUCCUGCUGCUCCAAUACCUCGCCAGUAUGAUUUUCAGCUCGCCGUACCCAGUCAAUGUCAGUCGAUUUCGCUCAUGUAUAAACCCUGCUGA